ACUGAAUACAAGAAUUAACUAAAAAUUUGAAAAAUGGAAGGUAAGUUGAGGAUAAACACAAAGUAUAGAAAAGCAGAAUGUGAGGAGGGCUUAGAACCAGUUAGCCCUCUUACUGAAUACUUGCUUACUGAGAGUUUUACAGUCUUUAUUAUAGCAGUUUUUGAACUUGACGUUUCUGUUGAUUUUCCUUCUACUUAUUAUUAUCUCAACCAUUUAUUCCUUAAUGCUCAUCCUCGUUUCUCCUCUAUACCGGUUGAGGAGAAAAAGGGCAAUAAAAUGUGGAAGCAAGUGGAAGUGAAUGUUGAGGAUCAUGUAAAAGUAGCAGUAUUUGGCGAAGAUAAAUCAACAGAAUAUUAUAGUAAUCAGUUUGAUAUAUACAUAUCCCAAUUAGCAAAUUCAAAAAUGUCACUACAAAAACCCUUAUGGGAACUCCACAUAUUUAACUACCCAACAAUAAAUGGAGCAAAAGCAACCAUAAUAUUCAAGUUUCAUCAUGCACUUGCUGAUGGUAUUUCUCUCAUGGGUGUUGUCUUAUCUUGUGUUCAAAGACAUGAUGACCCUUUUAAGCCUCUCAGUUUUCCAACUAAAACUACAACUUUAAGACCCAAAAACAGUCCUGAUGCUUUUAUGAAAGUUCUUAACUUUGUGCCUCAAUUUAUGGCUUCUGUCUUCUAUUCGUUUUAUUAUUUUGGGCAAAGUCUCAGGAUGUUAUACCAUGAAGAUGAUCGGACUCCUGUUAGGCCUAAAAAUAUAAAGUGUGCUCCAUUAUGUGCAUCCAUUCAAACACUCACUUGGUCUCUUACUGAUGUCAAAAGAAUUAAAACUGUUCUUGGUGUGACAGUAAAUGAUGUGGUAGUGGGAAUACUUUUUCUUGGACUUCGAUUAUACAUGCAAGAAAUUAAUGAUGGGAAACUACAGAAGUCAAGAUCUACAAUGCUAAUAGCUGUUAACCCAAGAAUUAUGAAAGGAUAUGCAACUCCAGAAGAAAUGUGUAAAGAUAAGAGUAAGCUGCCUUGGGGAAAUAAGACUUCAACUAUUGAAUUUCUGAUUCCAAAUUUAGAGGAGAAUGAUUUAAAGGAUCCACUCAAGUUUGUCAUGAAAGCUCACAACAUUAUCAAUAGAAAGAGAAAUACUCCUUUUGCUCAAUUCUUGCUUGGUGUCUUCCUCGGAGCUGUUAAGACUUUUGGAGGCUUUCAGGCAGCAGCAAAAUUGUUUGAACGAAGAAUCACGAAUUGUACCUUUCAAAUGACAAAUAUGAUUGGACCAAUUGAGAGAAUGAGCAUUGGUAAUCAUCCUGUUAAGGGCUUUUACUUCAUGCCAAAUGGAAUCAAAUCGAGUUUAGUCGUGUCGGUGAUGAGUUAUAUGGAAAUGCUGAGAAUUGGUUUCACCAUUGAUAAAGAAUCCAUUGAUUGUCCAAAGUUGAUCACAUGUGUGGAAAACGCAUUUCAGUUAAUCCUCCAAGCUGCCACUACUACUUCCAACUUUGUCGCUACUUAGUAAACUAUAUAUAUUCUAGCAAGUGUUAUGAUUUUUUUUGUUUAUUUUUUUCAAAUAAAUUUAAGUGAUGUUAUGUAUGUUGUGGGUUAACUUUUCAUUUGGGUACGUUACCUUUAAUGCUAUGUUCUUCAUUUGAACGCUAUGCUCGAUGAUAAUGUUCAAAACCAAAAAGGAUUGUAUUGGAUUAUUAAUAUUUUUCCUAUUUAUCUAGCUGCCUUAAAAAUAAUU